AUGAUUCCGCAUCAGCUGUUACAGAAAAGAGAGGUGGAGGGGCAGCAGAGGAUGUGGAUGGACUGGAUGCAGAUGGCACAGCAUCAGCAGCAGCAGCAGCAGCAGCAGCAGCAGCAGCAGCAGCAGCAGCAGCAGCAGCAGCAGCAGCAGCAGCAGCAGCAGCAGCAGCAGCAGCAGCAUCAGCAGCAGCAGCAGCAGCAGCAGCAGCAGCAGCAGAAUCAGGAGCAGCAGCAGCAGCAGCAGCAGCAGCAGCAGCAGCAGCAGCAGCAGCAGCAGCAGCAGCAGCAGCAGCAGCAGCAGCAGCAGCAGCAGCAGCAGCAGCAGCAACAGCAGCAGCAGCGGCAGCAGAAUCAGGAGGAGCAGCAGCAGCAGCAGCAGCAGCAGCAGCAGCAGCAGCAGCAGCAGCAGCAGCAGUGGCGGCGGCAGCAGAAUCAGGAGCAGCAGCAGCAGCAGCAGCAGCAGCAGCAGCAGCAGCAGCAGCAGCAGCAGCAGCAGCAGAAUCAGGAGCAGCAGCAGCAGCAGCAGCAGCAGCAGCAGCAGCAGCAGCAGCAGCAGCAGCAGCAGCAACAGCAGCAGCAGCGGCAGCAGAAUCAGGAGCAGCAGCAGCAGCAGCAGCAGCAGCAGCAGCAGCAGCAGCAGCAGCAGCAGCAGCAGCAGCAGCAGCAGCAGCAGCAGCAGCAGCAGCAGCAGCAACCACAGCAGCAGCAGCAGAAGGAGCAGGAGCAGGAGCAUCAGCAGCAACAUCAGCACCAGCAGCAGCAGCAGCAACAGCAGCAGCAAGAACAACAGCAGCAGCAACAACAUCAGCAGCAGCAGCACCUUGUGUCAAGCAUCUCGCAAUGGAUUUCUCUGCGCUUGAAGGCUGGAAAAGGGGGUAAGGCAGCUGCACGAUUUCCUGGAUCCAGCUAUUCACAGGCAGGCGCUAUUGAAGCCGCUAUUGAAGCCUUGGGGCGUGAUGCCUCUAGGAGAAUCGACGGCUCUGAAACCGGCGGUGCUGGCCGCGGUGGUGGGGAUGUGCUCAUGCAGGAAGUCACAGCAGCAAAUUAUGGGGCUGCGUGCAGUGGUGGUGGUGAUGGUGGUACAGAGCAUUCUACUGCGGAGCGUCAUAUUGAGGAACAAUAUUGCGCGGAGCAGCAUUGUGAGGGGCAGCCUAGUAAGGGGGAGCAGGCUAAUGCGGACCAGGAUUGUGAGCGUCAGCCAUGUGCGGGCCAGCCCAGUCUGGAAAAGCUCUGUGCGGAUGAGAUGUGUGCUGCCCAGCCUAGUGCUGACCAGCUGCGUUCUUCCCAGCAGCGUGGCAUGGCAGAUUUGAGCCUUCCGCUUUCUCAACCCUCAGAAGACUUGUUGCUUCCUGAGGGCCCGCAACUCACGCUGUCUGCUGCAGCAAAUAUUACCACCCCAUUCUCUCAUAUCAACAGAACAGCCUGUUUCAGUUUCGAGAACUACACCAGUGCUGUCCCUUAUAUGGAGCUAGUGAGUGAAGCCGCUAUUGAAGCCUUGGGGCGUGAUGCCUCUAGGAGAAUCGACGGCUCUGAAACCGGCGGUGCUGGCCGCGGUGGUGGGGAUGUGCUCAUGCAGGAAGUCACAGCAGCAAAUUAUGGGGCUGCGUGCAGUGGUGGUGGUGAUGGUGGUACAGAGCAUUCUACUGCGGAGCGUCAUAUUGAGGAACAAUAUUGCGCGGAGCAUUGUGAGGGGCAGCCUAGUAAGGGGGAGCAGGCUAAUGCGGACCAGGAUUGUGAGCGUCAGCCAUGUGCGGGCCAGCCCAGUCUGGAAAAGCUCUGUGCGGAUGAGAUGUGUGCUGCCCAGCCUAGUGCUGACCAGCUGCGUUCUGCCCAGCAGCGUGGCAUGGCAGAUUUGAGCCUUCCGUUUUCUCAACCCUCAGAAGACUUGUUGCUUCCUGAGGGCCCGCAACUCACGCUGUCUGCUGCAGCAAAUAUUACCACCCCAUUCUCUCAUAUCAACAGAACAGCCUGUUUCAGUUUCGAGAACUACACCAGUGCUGUCCCUUAUAUGGAGCACUUGCGAGCAACGGGUAUAUAUUCUGAUGUUGGUGGAGGAGCUAUGGAUGUGGGAGUGUCAGCGGGCACUGCAGAAAAUACCCGGCAUUUGGCUGCGGGUGGCACUGAUGCUGGGGCCUUUCCCUCCCCAUUUUGCCAGUCUCCCUUCCACCCUUCCUCCUUAGCUCCCUUCCUCUUUAUCGCCUUCAACCCAUGUGCCUUUCCAGCCUUCCAAACACCCUUUGUCUCUACAUCCCUCACUCUCUUCCUCACUUUCCACCAACCUCCUGGCGUGCCGUCUUCCAACCUCAUUUUUUUCCCCCUCUCUCGGCCUCUCCCUUCCGCCUCUCCAGCCUCCAUUCCACCCAUCUUCUCUUCUACCCUUCCUAUCUUCCUCUCUUAA